ACUUCGUCUCAUCUCCAUUCUCCAUCGCCGCACUCCAUCGGCAUCCAAUUCAUUCAACUCGACUCCAUCCGCGUCCAAAGCCUUCACGCAUCAGCUGCCUUCUGGUUGCCGCAAUGGCCAGCGCGCGCAACGCGGCGCCCGAGCCGUCCUCUUCUUCGUCCUCGCCAUACUCCUCGUCGGCGUCCGACGUGGAGAUCCUCCGCUCCCUGCGCUGCCUGGCGCGCGACCUGGCCGCCGCCGACCCGCCGGCGCCGUUCCUCAGGGCGGUCUUCGCGUCCGUGUCCCGCCGGGCGCGGCUCCUCGUCGCCGUGUUCGACGACCUGCUGCUGCUGGGAGCGAGCGCCGCCCUGCCGCGGUCCGCCUCGCUGUGCCUCCGCGAGGUGCUGCUUGUGCUGCAGCGGUUCAAGGCCGUCGUGGCCGACUGCUCCGCGCGCAGCCGCAUGCGCCUGCUGCUGCAGUCCGACGAGGUCGCCGCGCGCGUGCGCGAGCUGCAGCACGACCUCGCCACGCUGCUCGAUAUUCUCCCGGUUGGUGAGCUUGGGCUGGCUGACGACGUGGCGGACCUCCUCACGCUCGCCUCCCGCCAGUGCCGCCGCCGCGCGCCCGAGGCCGCGGCCGAGCAGGAGCUCAAGGCCAGCGUGCUGGCGCUCAUACAGGAGGUCGAGCGGGAGAUCGUGCCUGAGCGGGAGCGCCUGGAGGCCAUCCUCGAGGAGGUGGCCAUCAACGACCCGGCCAGCUGCAGCCAGGAGAUCGAGAUCUUGGAGCGGGAGAUCGGCGACCGCCUGGCGGAGAGGUGGACUUCGGCGAUGAUUGCCCUCGUCGGGCUCCUUCGGUACGCCAAGUGCGUCCUCUUCAGCGCUGCCACGCCGCGGCCGCUGGACUCCAAGGUGGACGCCGACGACGAUGACGCCGAGCCUCUAGCGCCGCCGCCGGACUUCCGGUGCCCCAUCUCUCUCGACCUGAUGCGCGACCCGGUUGUGUCCGCUAGUGGCCAGACGUACGACCGCGAAUCCAUUACGCGGUGGUUCGGUGCCGGCAAGUCGACGUGCCCCAAGACAGGCCAGGUGCUCACUAAUCUGGAGCUCGUGCCCAACAAGGCGCUCAAGAACUUGAUCUCGCGGUGGUGCCGGGAGAAUGGCGUCGCCAUGGAAGGCAGCGAGCCUGGCAAGCCCGAGCCGGCGCCACCGGUGGCCGCAAACAAGGCCGCGGUGGAGGCGGCGCGCAUGACCGCGUCGUUUCUUGUGAAGAAGCUCUCGGCCUCGUUCUCCCCUAGCUCGGACAACCGCGUGGUUCACGAGAUCCGUCUGCUCGCCAAGUCCGGCUCCGAGAGCCGCGCCUUCAUCGGGGAGGCCGGCGCAGUCCCGCUCCUCGUGCCACUGCUCAACUCUGAGGACGCCGCGCUGCAGGUCAACGCCGUGACGGCGCUGCUCAACCUCUCCAUUCUCGAUGCCAACAAGAAGCGCAUCAUGCACGCCGACGGCGCGGUGGCGGCCCUCUGCCAAGUGAUGGGCUCCGGCGCGACCUGGCGGGCGAAGGAGAACGCAGCUGCCACCGUGCUCAGCUUGUCGGCCGUCCAUACGUACCGCCGUCGUCUCGGCCGGAACCCACUAGUGAUCGAGAAGGUCGUGCUCCUGGUGCGCACGGGCCCCCCGAGCACCAAGAAGGACGCGCUGGCUGCGCUGCUGUGCCUGUCCGCCGAGAGGGAGAACGUGGGCAAGCUGGUGAGCGCAGGCGCCGCGGAGGCGGCACUGUCUGCCAUCAGCGAGGAGGAGACCGCGGCGGCGGUGCUGGCGUCGCUGGCCAAGCGCGGGGGAGCGGAGGCGAUCGUGAACAUCGACGGCGCCGUGGCGAAGCUGGUGGCCGAGAUGCGGCGCGGCACGGAGUGGUCGCGGGAGUGCGCGGCGGCGGCGCUGGUGCUGCUGUGCCGGCGCGCGGGGGCCGCGGCGGCGUCGCAGGUGCUGGCGAUCAACGGCGUGGAGUGGGCGAUCUGGGAGCUGAUGGGCAGCGGCUCGGAGCGGGCGCGCCGGAAGGCCGCGUCCCUCGGCAGGACGUGCCGGCGCUGGGCGGCCGCCAACGCGGCGCAGAACGCGGAAUUCCCCACCUCCACCGUCUCGCCGGCCACCGUGGCCGCAUCGUGAAUCAUUCUUCGAUGACAUUGAAUUGAUCCGUAGGAACAGCUCCAAAACUUAACCAAAAAAAGUACUGUAGAGAAUUGUUGUACAAAAUUGGUUUGUUGAAUGCCUUGUAAUUCUAGGCUGUAGUACGAUUCUUUAGUCCCCGUGGGUAAACACAAACACAGAGUAAUUGAAUCAACUGUGCAUACAGAACAUUCGUUGCUUCUUUCGUUCUUCGUUGUUGUUGUGAAAUCUUGUACGUAAUACAAAGUGAAAGGAAAUAAUAGUUGUACAAAUUGUGCUCAUUCUUCUA